GCCCAUAUAUACCCCCAGUGAGUGAUUUACAGUCUCAAGGAAGUACAUCACAUGAUGCUUCUAAUACAUUCAUCAUAAGAUCUGCUGGAUUCCCUUAAGGCUAUUGCUGACACCCCUCCCUGUCAGUGUAAUGGUAGGUUCCACCUCAAGGCAGUACUGGGAGUUACUUCCAGGGUAACAUUGAGAGAAUGAAUGAAUUUUCUACAAGUGAUCAGCAAGGCCGUAAUAAUGGCUUCUCCAUUGAUCCGUCUGAGUCACAUUUCCCUGCAGGUUUCCAGUUCUCAGAAAAUCAUCACAGACCUGGUGACGAAGUACCAAUUCCGGCCACUCGCUGCCCGGGGUUUAGAUGGCAGAGCUCGCCGCCAGACGGUAUUGGGAAAUGGUAGAGUUGUGUUCAUUGUGAAUGAAAACAGUCCGGAAGUCCCCAGGAACUGCUCCCUGCUCUAUGAUUCCCCGCUUCCAUCACCCUUUCCAGACACAGCCUGUAAUGUCAGUUACGAGGUGGAGGAUGUACCGGGCUUGUGCCGUUUUCUGACCAAGGAGGGCUGCCACCUGCUAGUGCCACCGACCGAGCUCCACGACUACGCUGGCUCUGUUUCGUACUGUGUAGUAAAGUCUGUACUCGGGAACGUGAACCACACUCUAAUUGACCGCACUCGUUAUGCAGCCCCUUUUCUCCCAGGCUUCCAGCUGCUAGAAAAUGACCCGGUGGCUACAGGUGACUUAUCGCAUGUGGACCACAUCACUUAUUGCCUUCCACGUGGAACCAUGCCACGUGUGAUUGAGUGGUACAGACGUUGUUUUGGGUUCCAACACUUCCCUCUUAGUAAAGAAGAAGACCCUAAACAUGGGUUAGAAAUCAGUGGCUCUCAGAUAGGCCUUCGCUUACUCUCUAUGGAGUGCCCAGGGCAGACUGAAGUGGGCAAGAUUGUGAUGGUAGAAUCUUUGCCGCAGCAGGGAAUAAACCAGAUAGACCAGUUUCUGCAGCAUCACCAAGCUGGUGGAAUUCAGCACAUCGGUCUCUCUACACGCGACAUCUUCAAAGCCGUGGGGUCAUGGACGGAGCACGGGGUCCACUUCGCUGCACAGCCGCCAUCAUACUAUACAGACCCCCAUAAGCAGGCGGAGAUCCUCCAUGCUGGGUUAAUACCCCAGCAACUGUGCCCGUUCGGGAUCUUGCUGGACUCUUCUACUGAAAACCAAGAGUUGACAGCAACAAACAAAAAAGUUCUUCUGCAAGUUUUCACUGAACCCCUAUUCUCUAAGGACUCGGUUUACCUGGAGCUGAUUGAGCGCAGGGGGGCGCAGGGAUUUGGGGAAGGGAAUAUUCGCGCUCUCUGGCGCUCCAUGCAGGAUAUGAUGGAUGAGUUGAGCUGUAAAGAACAGGAGGAAGCCUUGACUCAGUGAUACCUGCGUGUCCUAGAAGGCUUACGGAACUUGUGUGAUUUUUAAAGAGAAAAUAUACACCGUUACUAUGGAGAUAAUUAUAUCAUUUUAACGUUGACCGCAAGUAAAGGUGCAGCGUUUACUCUUCAGAUUUAGAAUUGAAUUAAAUUAUUGCAUUUUCUUUGCUGUUAA